AUUCUGAUCAAGUUCACCCGCUCCUACUUUGUACAGCUGCAUGACUUUUGCACCGCACGAGGUCAUGCACCGAAGUUGCUAGGCUGCGGCGUUGUUCCCGGGGAUUGGAAAGUUGUAGUAAUGGAGUGGAUCGACCAGGACGAAGAACUCGAUCACGCUUCCGCGCACUUAUCGACCUGGUCGAAGGACCUCAAGAAGCUGGUGAACGACUUCCAUGCGCAUAGGUGUGUGCACGGUGAUCUUCGAGCGGCGAACUUGAUUGUCUGCAAAACCAAACCGGAGCAGGUGCAACUCAUCGACUUCGACUGGGCUGGAGAUCUCAAUUCGGGACAGGUUCAUUUACAACUACAGUCCUCAACGAGGAACUGA